UUUUAUAUUUUUUUACUAAAGAAAGAUUCGCCUAUUAAAGACUCGGUAGGUAACUACUCAUACCGAAUUUGAUAAUAAGAGCCAAAUGUUAGGUACCACUUCACUAACGGUACUCGUAACACAAUGGUAUUAGGUAUGCUACCAAUACAACUUUUUCAUAAUUUACAAACAGGCUGAUGUAACCAUUUAUAUUGUUGCUUAAGUUGGGCAAAAAGUGUACCAUUUCCCCUCUUGGGGCAAUGUUUUGUAAAUACGUUGUAGGAACAAAUCACAUGUUUUUUCUUCCUUCAUAGAAGUCGUAGUCGCAAGUGGUCGUGUUUAGGACCUAGAAUGAUUUUUCAAAAAUAUAUUCCAGUUAAUGUGAUUUUUACAUUGUUAUUCGUUGCGGUUGUUCAUGGUGCUAAAAAUUCAGAUGAAUAUAACGGCGGUCAGAAUAAACCAGAUAUUGCUAGACAGGGGAAAACAAAGAAAGCUCUUAUGACUCAGAAAACAGCAACAGGGACAUUCUCAAAUGUAAUAACUCAAAUACAGAACUUGCCGACGAUGGAUCUCGGCAGAAAGUUCCGGACGCCGUGCAAAACUGGUAAUCGUUGUGGAAAGGUAAUCAGAAGACUGAUGGUGCCAAAAUUGGCGCAGCUAGAGAACACGAUAAUGGGCAUCAUGAAAGAGUUGGCAAAGCUGCCUCCUGGCUCCCGACUCCCCGACAAGUUCACGAAGACAGAACCCAUUAAGUUGCUGUUGGAUCAAAAUUAUAAGGAGGAUGUAUGCAUGGACAAGCUGGAGUCUUGUCUGAAAGAAGAUAAGCGGAGGAAGCGAAUCCUGAAGAAGUUAUUCUUCAAGAAGUAUAACUCUCUGCGACAAGACCUCAUUGGCUACGGAGGACGAAGACUGUGGGGCGGCGAGGGCAACCUUUUCUAUAGGAAAUAAAUGUAGUUUAUAUAAUAAUAUAGUUAAUUAUAAU